UAUUGCAUCUCCAACGAAUGGCAAUGGACGAGUACACAUCGGAGAUAUUUAUGGGCGGGAAGAGCACCAUCGUUCUCCACAACACGUGUGAAGACUCCUUGUUGGCUGCUCCUAUCAUCUUGGACUUGGUUCUCCUGGCCGAGCUCAGUUCUCGGAUCCAACUCAAAGCAGAGGGAGAGGGCAAGUUCCACUCUUUCCACCCUGUGGCCACUAUUCUGAGCUACCUCACCAAGGCUCCACUGGUCCCCCCUGGUACCCCAGUGGUAAAUGCACUGUCGAAGCAGAGGGCAAUGCUUGAGAACAUAUUGAGGGCUUGUAUUGGUUCGGCUCCAGAGAACAACAUGAUCUUGGAAUACAAGUGAAGUGAGAAGACCAUUGAAGACCAUCAGAACUCAAAAGCCCCCCCUUGUUUUGUCUGUUUCACUCUUUUUUUU